UGCAACAAAACGAAACCAAUCCCCACCUCGCCAGAAGUUUUACGCAAGCCCCUGCGUCUUCUCUAUCCGCUUCUCCACCUCUCGUUGCCCCCGCUCCUAUCCUACACCGCUCUCUCCCGCGCGCCCACCACCUGUUCGACCCGGCUCCUCCCCGCACACUCCACAUUCCAAUCGCCGCAAUGGCAACGACCACCGCGACCAUGGCGCCUCCCUCCACUUCCACCUCCUCUGUCCUCUUCCUCCGCCGCCUCCCUUGCCCCGCCUCCACGGCCGGCCGCGGCCUCGGGCCGCUGCCCCGCGCCUCGCGCCUCCGCACCGCGCGCCAGGUCUCCCUCACCAGCGACGUAUCGUCGUCGUCGCCCGACGUGGCCGAAGAGGAGGCAGAGCACGCGCCAAAGGUCGGCAAGCGCGUGCGCGUCACGGCUCCCCUCCGCGUCUAUCACGUCGUGAAGGCGCCCGACCUAGACAUCCAGGGCAUGGAGGGCGUCAUCAAGCAGUACGUGGGCGUCUGGAAAGGGAAGCGCAUCACCGCCAACUUCCCCUUCAAGGUGGAGUUCCAGGUCAGCGUCGAGGGCCAGCCCAAGCCGGUCAAGCUCUUCGUCCACCUCCGGGAGGACGAGUUCGAGUUCAUAGGGGACGAAUGAGACCGGCCGGUACCUGUACAUGACCAAAAUGCACCGAAUUCAAAUGGGAGUGCCUCCAAAACCCUGGAAGCAGUGUAUUAUCAACCCAUCCCGUCCUUGAUGCAUCCUGCCUGUCGGAUGUGCGAUUCUGCGAUGCAGCUCAAUUGAACCACAGCAUCCGUGCCUUUCAUGAGGUUUGCUGCUAGGCCUGCCAUUGUACGCGAGGCUUAAUUGGGCUUCACUGUGGUUCAAUCUGCCAUGAAUUUCGAUGAAACCACUCAAAUCCAGAAGACCAUGACAUGCAAAUAUGUGCUUUCUGCGGUUUCUCUGAACUCUGAAGAAGUGAGGAGGAAUGGCACGCAUGCCUUCGCUAUAAUCGUUCUCUCCGCGUUUCAUUUUUUUCUUUCUGUUGUGUGUAUCUUUUGCUUGCGCUGUCGUUGUGUCGCUUUUAUCAGUCUUGCCUCA